GUCUCCAUCGCUCGCUCUGCACUCGCUCAUUCCCUGUCCCUAUGUCUUCUCCCAACGCCCAUCUUGUUUCCCAGCCCCGCAGGACCACCAUUUUCCGGUGGCCUUCUCUCAAAAAAACCCCAGCUGGCAUCUCAUGCAAGCCCCCCGACGCGCCAACCAAGCGUCGGAAGCGCCCUUCCAUCCGUCUCGGCCGAAAGAAGCGCCGUACCCGAGGUGGGUUCUUCCUGCUGAGGGCCUUCCGACGGUUGAGGCUUCGAUGGCUGAGAUUGAAGUAUUCGUACAUGCUUAAGAAGCUCAAGGCCUUCUACUCGUCCGUUGUGAAGGAUCUGAUCGAAGCUGGGGCCACGAUGGAAGUCAUACAGAAGCGGAUCAUGCUCGAUACGUACUUCACCUUACCCAUCAUGCCUAUGUCCGUCGCCGGCGUCCCUUCGCACGUGGACCGUCUCGGACUCACGUGACAGAAAUAGUAGUUUUUUUUUUUUUUUAAUUUCUGUGGGAUCUUUGGAUUUUAGAUUAGAAUCUGUAAAAAGAAAAAAGUUGGUGUGUUUAAUUCUGUUUUUGCUCUUUUUAAGUCUGUUCGAAAAGGUGGGCCCCACAUGGGGCGAAGAUCGGAACAAGACACUCAUUUGGUGGGCUAGAUUCGCACACUGAAUCAGACCAACGGCUGUUAUUUGAUCUCGAAGGCGUGAGGCCGUCUGAUGAGUGGGGCAUCUGGAUUUUCGUUUCAAAAAUCCAUAUAGUGCGGUCCACCUUUUUCCUGGACGGCUCGGAUUUUCUACACGAGCGAGGCGUUGGCGGGAAGGAAAAGCGUCGUACGAAGAUUCAGAUACAACGUUGUAUGGGAAAAUUUCCAUGUCGGGAUUGGGUGGGUGGCAGAGCGAUCUCUCUACCGUCCAUGGUACAGGUGGCUGGUGAUGUAUUGAUCUGGUCCGUUCAUUUAGUGGGAUCUAUCGCCGAUUUCUCAUGUUUUAAAAAUUGCACCAGUUAGACAAUCAUGUCCAUCA